AUGCAAGGCCACCAAGGAUGCCUUAGAAAUCGGCAGGAAGCUCUGGCGAGAGCUCAACGAAAAACACCAUCUGAGUUGCGGGGGGAACUGUUGAAGCUUAAGAAUCCAGUGGAGUUUGCUGAUGAAUCUCCUUCCAUUCCUAGUUUCACGAGAAAUGCAGAUGGAGCAGUUUCUGGAGUCAGCAAAUCGGACUCAUCGAAAAUACCACAAUUUAUACGAAUGGAUGAACAUUUUCCCGUAACUAAAAUCAGUAGGCUGCUUCCCAGAAAGGGAACUUUUAAGGAUGAUCUGCCUAGCAAGUGCGUCAACAACAUGAAACAUUCAAGUUUCCCAAUGGAACAAGACAAAAAACAAGGGCAAAACUUGUGUGUGGAUACUGCGGCUUCAGAAGGUGGAAAGCACUCUUCCAAUCAAAAUAACAACUCAACUGGAAAAUGCAUUCACAAUACUUUUAGGAGUGUUAAAGAGCUAUCAGUGGGCAGUGAGAAGUUAAAUGGCUCCUCAUUUGUAGAUAUGGUUAAAGCAUUGAGAGGACUUGUUUCAUGUGAAUCUCGUUCUGCUUCAGCUCCACUUUCCGAGUCUAUAGAUGGAACAGGAAAUAUUGUGCCACAUAGCUUUUGUUCAGAAAUCCAUAUACCUGGACCCAAGAUUCCACUUGAUUUAACCCUUAAAACUUCCAUGAGGUUGCAAUCUUCAACCCCUGUGAUUUGGUAA